AUAGUAUUCAUUCUCCCAUCCAAUUUCCAUAACCAUUUAGUGGUUCAAUUCAGUUACAAAAAGCUAUGUCUCUCCUUUCUCAUCACCUCUCUCUCUUGCAAUGGUUAAAAAAGCAAUCCCCUUUAUUUACUCCAUGGCAAUCCUGCCAUGCACAAAGCUGCUUCAUCACAGAUUCACACAGAGAGAGAGAAUCCACAUAUUUUGUUUUUGGUGAUCAUUGCUUGAAAUCAAGAGAGAGAAAGAGAGCUAUGGGCCCUCAAAAGGCUGCAAGGAGAAAUGAGUGGAACUGAAACACCAAACAGUAAUACUACUAUACAUACUAUACUACUCUACUCUCCUCUCUCUUGAUUCAUUUAAUCCUUUGCAGAGAUGCCCAUUUUUUCUUGCUUUUGAGAAUGCAUUUUGUACUUGAAUUUCUAUGACCCUUUGUGUUUUCACCCUUCAAAAUAUGAUAAUCAUAAUAUCUAGCGGUUUAAUCACUCUUUUGCAAGAAAAAGCAACUCACUUUUUUCUUAGAUAUGGGUUUUCUCUGAAUCUCUGAAAUUUACCAGUUUCUUGAAAUUUGGGUUCUUUUUUUCUCUUCUUCAUGCAAGCAAAAACAGCUCACUUUUUGGGCAUCUUUUUAUUCUUUGCUACAUUGUGUUUUUGUUGGUGGGGUUUUGUGAAGUCUGAAAUUUGAAGUUUGAAGUACUACUCUUUCUCUUUUGUUUUUUUACUGCAAGAGAUAUUCUGUUCUUUUCUCAUGGUUAUUUUAGCUUAUUCUACUACUUUAAUCUUUCUCGUAAAAAGGUAAAAGGGUAAAAAAGCUUGGACUUAAAAGAUUUUCAGGUGUUCUUUUUUCUUUUUAAAUUCUUCUGCAAAUUUACAUUAUUUGAGGGAGGAACUGAUCAGUGUAGAAAUCAAACUUCAAAGCUUCCAUUUUUAUGUCUGCUUCUUACACCCACCUAUUAAAAAAUCAUACUACUAUAGUAGUAUUUCUCUGAAAACCUUGUAGUAGUAUUUUUUUAGCAAACACACUGCCAUCUGUUCUUGCAAUAAUUCCUCUUCGAAGAUAACAGGUUUGUCUUACUAUUGCCUUUUCUUGUUGUCAUGAAAUCAUAUUUGGAUUGCUAUUUUUUCGUGUGUGUGGUUGAGCUUUUGUUCUAACUUCUACUUAAUUGAUUUCUUACCUAUAUGCUUUUUUUUUCAUACAUAGUUACAUGUACAUGCUUGUUGAGAGUGGAAAAAGCAGAUAUUGUGCUUGAUUAUAAUGCCUGUUUUGUACAUGCUUCUGCAAUGAUGCUAUUUGACAUUUCCAGUUUUGGUUUUAGUUUUUGUCUUGAAUUCUAGAAAUGCUUCUUCAAAACUAAUGUUUGAAAUUUCUAUAGCAUUAGAAUAUUUAAUAUUGUAGUUUGAUAUAUCAGCAUAGAAAUGUUGACACUGGCUUGUGUUUGUUUAAUGAAGCUAUAUUGCUAUUCACAUUCGGUUUAAAAUUUUUGAAAUUGCUUCCUCAAAACUAAUGUUUGAUAUAUCUAACAUUUUUGCAUUUCUCUUUCUCUUGCGUGUUAUGUUGGAAAGAAGUGGCCUUAUCAAUAUGCAAACAGAUGAAACUGUUGGCGGAUUCGGGCUGCCUCCGACUUACAUAGUCGGAGAUGCCAUGAACAAGCUUUCUGGCCAGCUAACGAGUCGUGUUGCCACAGCAAGCGAUGCUCUCUGUCCCAAUAAUAUCCUAUCAGCAAACCGAGCCAUGAGUUUCUCCUCGUUCCCCCAAAUCAGCCCGUUCCAUGGGGCUGAUCGGUUUUUAGAGGCCAUUCCUCUCCCUAAUCUAUCCAUUGGCACCUUCCCUUAUACCUCCAUUGACAAUCAUCAGGAAAAGGUUGCAAUUCGGGGAUGUCCUCAAAACAUGAGAUAUAGUGCUGUGAUGAACGGCCUAGAUGCCGUCGGUCCCUCCCUCGAUCCAAUACCCCAUGGCUACGGAGGCCUACCUUUCGCUCCUGAGCUCACUGGGAUGGUAGUUGGAAGAACUAGCCUCCCACCACCGGCCCAACCAGCUCGUAGCUGCAACUCAAGGGAAUGGCCGGUGAUGGAGCAAGUAGGGUUCGGUUCCCACAGCCAAGACUCGUCUCAGUAUAGCAACAAGCUAUCUCUGAGUCUCGUGACAUCAAAGCCUUCCAUUCUACAGGGGCACUCAACACCACAGGAGCAGUGCUUGGAGAUAUGCUGCUCCAAUGGUGUGACUAGCUACUCGUUGCCCGAGCAUACUUCUUCCAGCAGCAAGAACCAAUCAUCAGGCUCCAAACCUCUCCAACUUCCACCAUUUCUGUCAGGAUCAAGGUUUCUCGAGGCCCUGCAAGAAAUACUCGCUGCAAUAGCUUGCUAUGCACUAGAGAACAUCGAAGAUGUUGGAAUAAACGUCUCGUAUUCUUCAAUAAGCUCCUCCAACGAGAUUGAAGUGGAUCAAGCGUUUGUGUUUCAAAUGCAAGAAACAAGCCUAGAAGCAAAGAGAAAGCAUCUCCUAUCUCUACUGCAAAUGGUUGAUGACCAAUACAGCCAAUGCCUCGAUGAAAUCCACACGGUCACCUCUGCAUUUCAUGCUGUGACGGAGCUAGAACCUAAUCUGCACGCUCGUUUUGCUCUUCCCACAAUCUCGUUCAUGUACAAGAGCCUCCGGGAGAGGAUCAGCAACCACAUUCUUGCAAUCGGAGCUCAUCUCAAGGAGGGAGUAACGCGAGAAAACAAGUCAUUCGAGGCAUGCUUCAUCCAGAAGCAAUGGGCUCUGCAGCAGCUUAGCAAGAGAGAUCAUCAACUGUGGAGGCCUCAACGAGGCCUCCCGGAAACAUCUGUCUCCGUUUUGAGGACAUGGAUGUUUCAGAACUUCCUCCACCCGUAUCCAAAGGACUCGGAGAAGCACUUGCUUGCUUUGAAAAGUGGCCUAACUAGGAAUCAGGUGUCGAACUGGUUUAUAAACGCUCGUGUCCGGCUAUGGAAGCCAAUGAUAGAGGAAAUGUGUGCAGAAAUGAACAGAAGAAAAGGACGGGAGGAAGACGAAGAAAUGGAAGGCAACCACAGAAACCAAAUGCGCUUUGAAACUAGGAGAUUUACAAGGGAUUGAUAAAGGUGUAUAUUUAUAUAUAUAUGUGUAUUUUAUAUGUAUUUCUUGUCACAAUGCUCUGAGCAUUUCCUGCUUUAUAAUCAUUGCAUUAUAUUGUAUGGUGAUAUAUCAUUACAACGUA